GGCUCCCUGGCAGCUGGGCCCACAGAGAGCACAGCCUGCACUGGCACCCACAGCCCUGGGUACCGCCUACCCUGCCAGGACAUCCACAUCUACACUGCAGCUGUCCUGAGGAUUAAACCCACCUGAUGGCCCCACAAGAAGCAGAGAAGGAACAGCAUGGAGAACUGCACUGAAAACAACACGCUGCAGAAUGGCAUCGUGACAUUUCAACUUAUCGUCUACAUCCCAGUGCUCUUCUUGGGGAUUCCACUGAACAUGAUUGCCUUCUGGAUCUUCUGCUGCAAACUUAAGAGUUGGAGCGAGACCAGGGUGUACCUGAUCAACCUCGUGGUUGCAGACAGCUUCCUGCUUGUUGUCCUGCCUUUCCUGAUCUAUUUCACCAUCUAUGACCAUCCCAUGGACAGCCUGUGUUUCACCAUUCAGAACAUCUAUUUUACAAACAUGCCCAUGAGCACUCUCACCAUCAUGCUGAUUGCCAUCGAUCGGUACAUUGCAAUCAAGUUCCCUCUAAAAGCAAAGGUUCUUCGAUCCCCACUGAAAUCAGCUUCUGUCUGUGGAUUUCUUUGGGUAACACUCCUAACUUCCUCCUUCCUGCGUCCAAAAUUUAACGACAAACGGUUGUGUCUUCAGAAAAAAUCUCUGCAGCCUAAUUAUUCCGUGUUACUCUCCUUUGUCUUUGGUUAUUUUAUCCCUUUAGGGGUUGUGAUUUUUUGCUCAGUACAAGUCAUCAGAUGUCUCAAAAAGAAGAUGGCUACGAGUCCUCACGAGACAAAGUUAAUCCAGAAAGCAAUCCACAUUGUUUCUGUGAAUCUGUGUGUGUUUGUUGUAUGUUUUUCACCUCUCUACAUCACGCUGCUCUUCCGGCUUGCAGUAGAGGUUGCUGGAGCAUGUUCUCUCAUCUCGAAAGUUGGAGCCACUGUUCAGAUCUCUGCCUGCUUAGCAAAUUCUAACUGCUGUUUGGAUGCAUUUUGCUAUUACUUUGCAGCCAAAGAAUUUCAUGAAUUUCCUUCUCUGUUCCCCAAUUGUAUAUCAAAGAGGUUCAAGAUUAACCGAAGCCAAGAGUCACAGCCGCUGCCACCCACAGAUCAAGUCAUGACAGAAACAAAGUGCAGUGCAUGACAGGUGCUCAGAGCCACGGUGCUGCUCCAGUUUCAAGACAGAGGGAAUGGGGCCACUGCCAGUAUUUGCAACCAUUGUAGUUAUAGGUGUACCUGCAAAAAGGGACAACUCCCUCCAAGGGGUCUGACAUGAGCUUGGGUUUUGUCCUGCCCGCAGUGACUUAGGACCGGCUCUGACUACUUGGAUUGUUAUAUUGCAGCUUCAGGCAUCUCUGGGUCAAGAGGGAGAGCUGUGUGGUAUGGAGUAUACAUGAUAAGGCCACUGUUUCUGCCACAUGCUUAUUUGCACACAUGCAGGAAACUGAGCACCCAUGUAGCAGUGCACAAAUUCACUUCUACUGCUGUAACAUAUAUGGUCACUUAAGGAAAAGC